UCAUUUUACUUUAAGGGCCAGUUCACACUACAAAAAUGCACUCUGGAUACAUUCGGGAUACAUUUUUGCUUACAGUUCACACCACAUGCAGUUCCGGUGCAGUUUUGAUGCAGUUUGUGUGUUCCAGUAUGGUUCUGUGCAGAAAAAAUGCAGCAUGUUCUACUUUUUUUCUGCACCUGAAACUGACUGGAACUGACUGCACUAGUGUGAACCAAGACCAAUGGAAUACAUGGAAAACACUGUGCAUGCACUUUUGAUGUAGAAAAAAAGAGCACUGAACUGCA